AUGUGGCUGGGUUGGGCAUCUCUGGGAAAGGUCAUAGCGAACGAUGUGGUUCUUCAAGGCACCUCCAGCGAAGAGGACUCGGUCCUGGACGCGAUGCUCACGUUCCACAAGCGCAUGAGCAUCGUCACCGACACCCUGAGCAGAGCCAGCACCCACCUCGACCACUUCCUGUUCGUGUUUUUCCUGGUAAUCCUCGCGUUUGCCGCCCUCACAUGGCUCCUCGUCGGGUCCAGCACGAAAGAGUUUUCCACCCUGGAGGACGCGUGGCAGAGCGUGACCCGCAUUUCCCUCGGGGAGUCGGAGAAUUUCUACCCGCAGAUCCUGGAUGCGCAGCCCACGGUCGGGCCGGUGGUGGUGGUGCUGUACCAGGUCCUGGGCGUGGUGUUGCUGCUGAACGUGGUGAUCGCUAUCCUUCUCGAGACCUUCCUUGCUGCUUCGGCUGCUGAUGGCACCACCGCUGGUGUGUCUACCGCCAGGUUGUGGUAG